UGAGUUGCAGCGGAAGAAGCUAAUGGCUAUGAUGUUGGAUAAUUGUGAGGGAAUAAUGCUUUCCCUAGACUCACACAAAUCAGUCCCAGCACCGUUCCUCACCAAAACCUACCAACUAGUCGACGAUCCCAACACCGAUCACAUCGUUUCUUGGGGUGAAGACGAUACCACCUUUGUGGUAUGGCGUCCACCUGAAUUCGCUCGUGAUCUCCUCCCUAACUACUUCAAACACAACAACUUCUCUAGCUUUGUUCGUCAGCUCAACACUUAUGGUUUCAGAAAGAUCGUCCCUGACCGGUGGGAGUUCGCUAAUGAAUUCUUCAAGAAAGGAGAGAAGCAUUUGUUGUGUGAGAUUCAUCGGCGAAAAACAUCUCAACCUCAUAUCCCCAUCAACCACCACCAUAAUCUCCAUCACCCGCAUUCGCAGAUCGGUUGUGGUGGUGGUGGACCUGCUUUCUUUCCAUUUUCUAACCGAGUUAGCAUCUCCCCUUCUGACUCAGAUGAGCAAGCCAAUUGGUGUGACUCGUCGCCACUCUCAUCUCCCAGCGGAGGAGGAGGAGGAGCACCAGGUGGUGGUGUCUGUAACAGCAGCUCAGUGACGGCGCUAUCAGAGGAUAACGAGAGACUACGGCGGAGCAACUCCAUGCUUAUGUCGGAAUUAGCUCAUAUGAGGAAGCUAUACAGUGAUAUUAUCUACUUUGUUCAGAACCAUGUGAGACCUGUUACUCCAAGCAACUCUUAUCCUUCUUCUCAUCAUCUUCUUCUCUACAACAAUAACCUUCCAGCUUCUUCAUCUAUCACAACACAACAAAGCUUAAUUCAGAAGCCUCUUCACCAGCCUCUUCACCAGCUGCUUGGGUUAUGUCAUCAUCACUCUACAACACCAACACCAACACCAACACCAAAACAAGCUCAACAAGUGAAAGAAUCAAGAACUGGACUGAGUGACUCUCAAGAACCAAUCAACAACAACAAUAGUAGUAGUAGUAGUAGUAGUAGUAGUCGAUUAAUGAAGCUAUUUGGAGUCCCUCUUCAAUCUAAGAAGAGAUUACACCCAGAACCCACAACUAUGGAAACCAACAAAACUCGUUUAGUGUUGUCCAAUGAUGAGUUAGGUUUAAAUCUCUUGCCUUCCUCUCCCUGCUAGCUACCCCC